UCAACUCGACAGAAACCCUAAUCGCCGGUAUCCGUGCCGUCGCUAGGUACGGGCAUCUUGUCUGUCAAGCCCGCCCGCCCGUCCGCCCACUGCACAGCAUCGCCACUGCACAGCAUCGCCACUGCAAUUGCCGCGCCGCGCCGCCCGAGACAGACGGCCGCCAUGGCACACAGCAGCAGCAGCCGGAAGGGCUUGAAGAGCCUCGGCGACGCUCUCCGGGGACUCAGUCUAGCUUUGCAGCCGUGCAGGACAUCACCGGUGCGUCCCCCUCUGUCUCUCCCGCCUUGGACAGGCUGAGCUGAGCAGCUACUGACCGGAUCGUCUACGUCGUGGCUACAGAUCCGGCCCUCUUCCUUCACAUGUAGCCGGCCAAUGGCAUCCCAAGCAUCUGCCAAAAACAUCACGAGAUCAGUCAGCGACCCGUGGAAUCCCGUAACCUCGGUCCCCGUCACCAUCUACUCCUUCCCCUCGCUAGAGCCGCGCGCUCUUGAGUCGUGGUCCCCCAGACACCUGCACCUCCCCCUCCGGCGCGACAUCCUCCACCUGGCCGUCAUCUACGAGGGCGACAUGACGCGGCAGGGCACGGCCUCGUCCAAGACGCGCUACAUGGUGCACGGCUCCGGCCGCAAGCUCUCCGCACAGAAGGGCAGCGGCCGGGCGCGGCGCGGGGACAAGAAGUCGCCGCUGUUACGCGGCGGCGGCAAGUCGUUCGGUCCCCACCCGCGCGACUUCAGCACCAGCCUCAACCGCAAGGUGUACGACCUGGCGUGGCGCACUGCCCUGUCAUACCGCUACCGCCGCGGCGAGCUGAUCGUCGCCCAGGACGGCCUGGAGCUGCCGCUGCCCAACGACUUCCUCCAGAUGGUCAGCGCCGAGGUCCUCGGCCGCGAGCUCGAGGAUGGCUUCGUCCGCAAGUACAUGAAGCAGAUCCUCGACGGCCUGAGCUGGGGCAAGGCGCACGGCCGCACCACGUUUAUCACGGGCGACAGGCGGCCAAACCUGUUUACUGCCAUGGAUGUGGCGGGCGAGGAUGGCCGGGCCAUGUUGCUGGACGACGUGGACGUGAAGGACCUGUUGGAGACGGGCAGGAUUGUCAUUGAGCGGAGCGCGCUGAAGGAGAUGGUCAAGAACCACCAGAGCGACCUCAUCAGCAGCGUCGCCGUCAACGGGAUCCGCGCCAAGGGGCCGCCCAUCGGCCAGCUCAUCCUCAAUGCCGAAGACCAUAGCUACAACAGGAGCUUAAAGAGGGCGUGCGUGUAGUUAUCGGAUCUGUAUCAUAUGACGGGCGCGGACGAGUGACUUCUCUUCUAGAGUCACCGCGUGCAAUCACUGUAACAUGUAACAUUCUACCAUUCAAUGUACGCUAGGUGCCGCGGGAAUGAUUGUCGUGUGCUGUCAAUAACAUGAAACUGCAUGAUUUCCUUCCCAUAUAUGGACCACAUUCCGCUAUUUCACCAUUCUUCAGGACUGGGCUUUGCAAGAUAGCUCAAUGAACAUCAGCUUAUAUUGUCGCUG